AUCGACAGAAGGAGGAGAUUUUGGCUGGUCCUCACUUCGUCAAGCCCCAUUCUGUGGGUGAAGACUUCCAAAUAACUGGGUUCCAGUCUGAGCCCUGGUUCAGGAGUUGGGGUGAUGGUCAUGUGACCUCAGCAUCUGGACCGAGCCGCGACAGAAUCGGACCAUGGCCCGCGCGCGCUGAGUGAGGCGGAACUUCCCGGAAACUUUUCCCUCCCUGCGCGCUGAGGAUGCUGUUUUCUUCCCGCCGUCUGCGGCGCUGAUCGGAUCGAUACACCGAGUCUGGACCGAGGACCGAGGAUGGCCGCUCCCGCGCCGCUGCUGCUGCUGCUGAUCCUCGCGCUCUGCGGCUGCGGGAGCGCCAGCAGCGCGUUCCCGAUGCGACCCUCCUACAGUCUCUACACGAGUGGGAACGCGCACGGAGCACGCGCGGCCAGCCGACACAGGAACUGGUGUGCGUUUGUGGUGACCAAGACUGUGAGCUGCGUGGUGGAGGACGGCGUGGAGACCUACGUGAAGCCGGACUAUCACCCCUGCACCUGGGGCAGCGGGCAGUGCGGCCGCGUGGUGGCUUACCGGACCUAUAUGAGGCCCAGGUACAAAGUGGCCUACAAGAUGGUGACGGAGAUGGACUGGAAGUGUUGCCAUGGUUACAGCGGCGCCGACUGCAGUGUCGGCCCGGUAGGAGGAGUCGGGACUGGACACGGGGGAGUUGGGAUGAAUCAUGGAGGCGGUGGCGGCUCGAGUUUCGGAAACGGGGGGACGACUCCCGGGCAUGGAGGAGGAGGGGGAGGUGGGACCGGUCACGGUCACGCUGGAGGCGGCGGUUCAAGCUUUGGACAUGGGGGCGGCUCGAGUUCCGGAGGCUCUGGAUCUGGAGGUGGCGACAGCCUGAAGAUGAGGCAGAUGGAGGAGAGGAUCCAGUCCCUCACCAAGAAUCUCCACGACCUCCAGUCCAAGUUCAACUCCGUGACCGAGCGUUUCCAGGGCGAGGGGGGUCGCCCCGGGUUGAAUGGCGGUUCUGCUGGGACCACCACUGGCGGGAGGAACCCAGCUGAUGCUGCACAACCUGAAAUCAAAGAGACCAUCCACAGCAUCCAGACCAAACUGGACCAGCUGGACAACAGGACACAGGCUCAUGACAAAACACUCGUCAGCAUCAACAACCACCUGGUCAACGGCAAGGCUAACGAGCUGGAUGGAGGCGCCGCUGGAGGAGGUGUGAGUGGAGGGAGACUGACCUCCCUGAAGGAGGAGAUCCUGAGGGAGCUGGAGCGCCGGGUGUCCCUGUCUUGCUCCUCCUGCCAGGCUGGUGUGGAGGACCUGCGGCGGCAACAGCAGCAGGACCGCGAGAGGAUCCGAGCCUUGGAGAAGCAGCUGAGUGCCAUGGACAUUCGGUAUCGGCAAAGUCUGGACGGACUCCGGCAGGAGGUGGUGCACUCCAGAGGAUGCUGCGACCUGAUAGCCGACCUCCAAAAACGUGUCACCGACACUGAACGCAAGAUCAGCUCUGCCUCGGAGAACUUUGACAUCCUUCAGAAUCGUCUGGACCAGCAGCUCCCCGGGCGUGGGGGCAGCAGUGAGAGUGGCGGUGUUAAGGGCAAUACCGGAGGAGGCACCUGGCACGGUGAGGACCAUUUGGUGCGCAGACUGAAGGACCUUGAGCGACGAGUCAAUGGCACCAUGGAGCAGACGGAGCAGACCUGCUUGCACCUGGAGAAUCGCCUGAAGGAUUACUUCCACAGAGAACUGGGAGACCUGAGGACGGUGUUCCUGGACCGGUUUGAUGACCAGGCCUUCCGCAUCGCAGAUGUCGAGCUGGACAUUGGACUGGUGAAGGACCGCGUGACGGACAACGAAAAGACGUUGUCAGACUUGGAGAACUCCACUUCCAUCCUUAAUGGGAAGUUGAACGAGUGUCACUGUAAAGAUAGAGCCAGCGGGGAAGGUGGAGGACGAUGGGAUGGUCCAGGUGGAAGAGGAGAUGGAGGGAGAGGGGAUGGAGAGGCAGGAGGUGGUGGGAGGGGGGAUGGAGGAAGAGGAGACGGAGGGAGAGGAGACGGAGGGAGAGGGGAUGGAGAGACAGGAGGUGGAGAAAACACGACAGAGAAGUCUCUGGCCUGGAGAGUCGUCGCCAAUGAGGACCGGAUUCGCCACUUCAACACUAAGUUGAAGGACCUGUCGGUGUCUGGAGACUCGCUGUACGACAAGGUGCUGGACCUGAGUCACGACAUCCGCAGGAUCAAGGACCUGACCGGUGACCAUGGCGAACACUUCAACCGCAUCGUGACGGAAGUGGAGAUGCUGGGCCACGACUGCGAGCUGUGCGGGAAGGUGGAGGCGGAGCUGCGCAGGUUAAGGAAUCACUCCCAGGAUGCACUGGGGCGCCUCAGCACGCACGUCAACAGACUGCAGACCCGGGUGGACUCGGUGGAUCUGCACUUGUGCGCUCAACUGCAGAACGAAGUCCAACUCCUGCGUGACGACGUGAGGAGGUGCACAAGCCAAUGUGGUGGCUCUGGUGGAGUCGGAGGCGGAUCACGUGGAUCAAGCGGUUCUGGCGGCUCUGGUGUCAGUGGUCAUGGACUGGAUGCGGAGAAGCCCCUGGACGGUCACAGCGUGAUCGGAGGCUCCAUCAGCAACAACCAGCUGAAGACUCUGCAGGGCGAAGUGUCCGAGGUGAUCCUGACCUUCAGCUCCAUCAAUGACACCCUGAAGGGCCUAGAACACACGGUCCAGAAGCACGGCAGCGUCAUCACGGACUUGGGAAACACCAAGGACAAGAUCAUCUCCGAACUGGACAAGAUCCAGCAGGAGGUGACGGAGCACGUGGAGGACAGCCGGGACCGCAUGGACAGUAUGGAAAGAGACAUCCGGCGCUUUGAGAGCACCCUGCUGGUGGAGAUGGGCGACUGCAGGAGAUCUGGAGACGGGCUGGAGAAGAGGCUCUCCAAGCUGGAGGGCGUCUGCGGGCGGCUGGACGGCGUCUCGGACUCUGUCAGCAAAAUCAAAGAAGGACUCAACCGUCACGUGUCCAGCUUGUGGACCUGCUUCUCUGGUUUGAACGACUCUGUGAUUCUUCACGGAGGAAUCCUGGACCUGAUCCAGAAGGACCACGAGGACUUCCAUGGUCGCUUGAAGAACCUGAACUCCAGCUUCAACCAGGUCGUGAAGGACCUGCACACCGUCUCCGGGCAAACUCAGACCGGUGUUCAGGGGCCCCCUGGUGAGAGAGGCUUGACUGGACUCCCAGGGCCGAGAGGACCUCCUGGACCUGCGGGACGACCAGGAGAGACCGGAUUGCGAGGCCUGCCAGGCCCCAAAGGAGAAACAGGUCUUCCUGGAGUCGACGCUCACGUUCCCAAGCUGUCCUUCUCUGCGGCUCUCACCGCCCCCAUGGAACGGGCUGGAACCAUCUUGUUUGACAAGAUCUUUGUGAACCAGGGCGACUUUUACGACCCACGAACAGGUAUCUUCACCGCUCCUGUGGACGGAAGCUACUUCUUCAGCGCCGUCCUGACGGGCCACAAGAACGAGAAGAUCGAGGCGGUUCUUUCCAAGUCCAACUACGGCAUGGCUCGCGUGGACUCUGGCGGGUACCAGCCCGAAGGCCUGGAGAACAACCCGGUGGCCGAGGCCAAGACCACCCCGGGCUCUCUGGCCGUCUUCAACAUCAUCCUGCCCCUACAGGCCGGAGACACGGUCUGCAUCGACCUGGUGAUGGGCAAGUUGGCUCACUCCGUGGAGCCUCUCACCAUCUUCAACGGAAUGCUGCUCUACGAGCACAUGUGAGCCCCGUGAACCACAAACGGCCCCGCAAUGUAACAAAGGCUGUUUUCACCUGCGAUUCAGGAUCAACAUGCGCUUUCAAAAAGGUCCACUCGGAGAGAAGCCAGGACCAGAAGCAUCUGAAGACAGUGAGGGUCAGACCCCCACACGCCGACGACUCAGUGUUUAACGUUGCAAAUCCAACCGUCCUUUUCCCCGAGCUUCACCUGUGCGCUGAAACAUUGAGAGAUUUAUUGAUGCCGCUGUGAAGAACUACGACCCGCAGCCGCCUCCCGAGGUUCAGCCUCAGCCGCACCACUGUCUCUGAACGUUCGCUGAGACCCAGGACCAGGGUCAACAUCGGACCCCGCCGGGAACCGACGAGGAGCCGCUGAGCUUUGAUGGACUCAUCCUCGAGGAGGCGGGACUGUGACGUCGCCACGACAACCUGUGACUCGAACAUGAAGCUUUGUAAAAGCAGCACAUUUACUGACGAACCCUUAAGUUCACAUUCUGAAUGUUUGUUUCUCCAAGUUGCACAUUUUUGUAUUGUUGUCUCACAGAACUGAUGAAAGUAUAUUAAAGUUAACUCUGAAUUAGUCCUGUGGAGUGUGAAGACGCUGAGUUCUGAGGAGGGAGGAGCUCCAGUCUUUGGCCUCU